AUGGGAGCCAAAGCUGAGCGAUUGAAUGCAAUAAAAGAGUCUUCCGCUAUCUAUAACUCAUUCAGACUGAAACCUUUGAAUAUCUUGUCUAUAGACGUGGGAAUCAAGAACUUCUCGUAUGCUAAGCUACUGUACGAUAAGGUGAAGCAGAAGGGAAGGGGGGUUGUUUUGCACGACUGGAACCAUGUGAACCUUCAUAACCGGUUUGGCGAUACGUCUGCCAAUUCGUUGAAGUCGCUUCUGAAGCCUUAUAUGGCUCAGAUAGCUGUGAAGGUGGUGGAUGAGAUACUACUAGGGGGUAAAUGGGAGCCGUCGUUGAUUCUUAUGGAGAGUCAGCGAACUCGGUCUAACAUGAAUUCGGCCACUUUGCCCAAUGUUUUGCUUAACUAUACCUUGGAACAUAUGAUAUACGCUGCUUAUGCAGCUAGAAUGACUAUACCAGGGAAGGAAGCGCCUAUUAUAUCUACCAACUCUACAAAAAUGGUGAACUUUUGGAUCAAUCGCUUUAUAGAGAAAGAUGACCGCAUGUCGCCGUCUUCCAUCUCUGCUAGGUUACCUUCAGACUUCGCAGAGUUGAGCUUCAGGAAACAAACCGCUGCAUUUAUAGACUCGUUUUCUUUCGAGUGUCGUCCAGGUAAAGCUGACGAUUUGAUCGAUUGUCUUUUGUACAAUAUUGCUUCUUAUCUGCAACUUUCCCAUCAUUAUGAGUUGCAAAACUACAUUAAAAAGGAAGAGGACGCUCUUCCACUUCUUCAAUCAUGGGACGAAACGCACAUCAACUACUUGAAACCAUUGCUCGAAGAGUUCGAACUCAAACUCAAACCGGAGUUCAUUACAUAA